UUGCGGCUGACAGUGACCACUACAUUUCCCAAGAGUUUCAGCAGCGACACCAGCCGGAAGCGGUGGGCGAAUUGCGUGUCCUUGCGCGGCGAGUGAAGUGAGAGACCGACCAUGGUGGCUCGAGUGUGGUCGCUAAUGAGGUUCCUCAUCAAGGGAAGUGUGGCUGGAGGAGCAGUCUACCUUGUUUAUGACCAGGAGCUGCUGGGGCCUAGUGACAAGAGCGAGGCUGUCCUGCGGAAGGCCGAGGAAGUUGUGCCACCAGCAAUGUACCAGUUCAGCCAAUAUGUGUGCCAGCAGACGGGUCUGGAGAUGUCACAGCUCCCAGCCCCUCCAAAGAUUAACUUUCCGAACUUCCGUGAUUCCUGGAACUCAGGUAGGCCCCUAUGCCCCUGCUUGGGGGGAUGCCGAGGCACCCCAGCCUCUCUCCCAGCCCUGUUUACCUCAUUGUUCCUUUCCACUUCUCCAUAUUUGCCUAUUUGUGUGCCUGUAUUUCACCUGCAGAACUAAGUAGAAAGGACUGGGCGUGGUGGCCCAUGCCUGUGACUUUAGCGUUUGGGAAGCUGAGGCAGGAAGAUUAUGGGUUCAAGGGGAGCUUGAUUACAACCAGGACUAUGAAAAGAAACCCUUUCUCAAAAACAGGAAAAGCAACAAAAUAUCAAAACAAAACAACCCGAAAGGGUUGUAGAUCAGGGAGCACAAAGCUCUGGGUCCCAUCCCCAACACCCCAUAAAUCAGGUAUGGUGUUUGUAGGUCUGUCAUCCCAGCACUUAGAAGGUGCAGGCAAGAGGAUGGAGGAAUUCCAUUUGACUACAAAGGGAAUUCCAGGCCAUAUGGGAUAUAUGAGACCUUGUUUUCAAAGAAAAGUUGGAUGUUGCAUGUCUGUAAUCCCAGCACUGGGAAGAACUGAGGCAGGACUGAGAGUUUGAGGAUAACCUUGGACUACAUUAGUUAGCUGAAACCAGCCUUUAAAAUAGGGCAUAGGAAAGGGGUCACAGUGUAGACCCACACUGGAACUUGUGGAUGAGGAAGGGCUAGCCCCAUUCCUGCUCCAGAUACUGCUCUUGCACUCCUCAGGGGGUGGCUGCGUGUGGCUCUGGCAAAGUGGAGCCUCACUGGCACCUGUGUGCUGUCUCUGCAGGCAUCAUCUCGGUCAUGGCAGCCUUGUCCGUGGCCCCCUCCAAGGCUCGAGAAUACUCCAGGGAGGGCUGGGAGUAUGUCAAAGAACACACCAAGUAAUGGAUGCCACCUUGCCCCCCAGCAUUAUGGGAGUCAAGACCAAGAUGCCACAGACAUCCCAGCGGGGACCUCACUCUUUGCAAAGCUUCCAGCAUUGCUGGCCCAAUAAAGGACAUGGGAUGGUC